AUGGCCCUCUGCAAGCAUCGGUCUCGGGUGUCUCGUGACUGUCUCAGCAAUCUCCCCAUUGAACUUCAGUACGAGGUCAUUCGGCAUCUCCCUCUCAAGACCCUGGGCCGCUUGGCUCGAGUCUCCCAGUUGUUUCGCGAGAUUGUCACUCCGAUUCUCUACAAGCAAGAUGCCGACGAGGAGCGACCGCGUGCCAUCUACUGGGCUGCGAGCACCACUGAAGCUGACGAUGAGGCAAUCACCAAAGUCCUGGACCUCGCCAAACAAUAUGGUGGGGACCUGAAUCGCCUGUACUUUCUUGGCACCUGGCGAUCACCACCCAAGGCCACGCCUCUCCAUAUAGCCGCUGCCAUAGGAAACAUGGCAGCAGCCAGGAGACUCCUGGAACUCGGCGCCGAGGUAAACGCGUUGGGACGUGAAAACCUCGACCCGGAAGAUGUGGCUGAUCCCUCGAUACGACAUGCUGCCGAUCAUGGCACCGUCAACAUUCUACACAUUUUUUCCGCGGAUCCUGACGCAAACAUUACAGAUGGUGCCGAUCAAUCGUACUCUGAGUCGCUCAAGGAGCUCAUCGAUGUUCCAAUCCAGCGAGGGUCGACGACGCCUUUGUUCCUGGCUCUGCGCCACCACAACGGCAGGGCCCUCAAAAAGCUCAUUGUCAACGGUGCCAACAUCGAGGCCCUGAAUGAGUUUGGAAGGACUCUACUCACUCAAGCUAUCAGUCUCCGCUUCACGUCAAGUGAUGCACAAGCGCGGCUUUGGUAUAAUGGAGUCGCAGAGCAACUGGUCAAGUCUCGCAAGCCAAAGAUUAGCGGCUACAGCCCUCAAGAAGCGUGGGAGACUCCAUUGACCUGCACCAUCAAGGCCCUUGAAAACAUCCCCGCUGAUUACAAGAGGGCAACUCAAGAUGUUGAGGCCAUGAUUGAUCUGCUUCUGAAGCAUGGGGCCGACAUCAACGAGAAAUCGAAUGAAGGAAACACCAUGCUCCAUGCUCUAUCUCACGAUUCCUUUUGCUAG